AUAACUUGUGGCUUUGUCAGGGUUCACUCUCAGAUGGGUCAGCUCCACCACCCCCACACCCUUUAUAGACCCACACAUUCUCCCCUUUCCCUUCCACAUUACUACGCUCGACUCGACUCGAUCCAACUCAACCGUUUCUAUAUUCUCCCUCUCUCUCUCUUCUUCUUCCUCUUCCGCUACAAUCGAUAGUCGGACCGUUGCAGGUUUCGUACUUUCAUGGACAAGAGUAAUAGUGAACGAGAGACUCAUGAUUUCAUGAACGUUGAGUCUUUUUCUCAACUUCCCUUCAUUCGUCCUGUGCCAAAAGAAAAGGGUAUUAGGCUUUUCGGGAUAGAAUUCGGUAGUCGAAACGCUGCGGCUGCCACUGCCUCGUCGGUUGAGGAUUCGGAGUCCGGUGACAUGAUUGUUGCAUGCGAAGAUGGUAAGGAGUAUAAUAACAACGAGAACAACGGCGGGGAAAGUAACCGGAGAUUUGAGUGUCAUUUUUGUUGUAGAAAUUUCCCUACUUCUCAAGCCUUAGGAGGUCACCAAAACGCCCACAAAAGAGAGCGCCAACAUGCAAAAAGGGCUCACCUUCAGUCCAAUGCCGCCACCAUGGUCCAUGGAAUUGGACCCUUCUCCGAUGCUGCUCAUGUCUAUGGCCUCAUGAACUACCACCGCCUAGGCGCCGCUCCGUCCAGCUUACACUUCAACAAUUACCCUUCUUGGAAUAGAAAUUCACCUUCCGCCGCCGCCCCCGCCACAAGAUUUUACGGCAGCCCUGGUGGGUCAUAUUCUCCGGCAGCCGCAGCGACGCCGAUAAACGGAAGCCCAUUGGCGAUGUGGAGAAUCUCAGCUGUUCAAAAUAACGUAUCGGAGCGGUCGUCGCUGCACCCGUUGCCACUUUUGUCCGGUGAUGAGAUGACGAAACGCGGCGGCGCCGCCGUGGGCGGCGGUGGUGCCGGCGGGUCUCUACAAACCAGAUUGGUUUACGAGGCAAAAACGGCGGAGCAAGUGAGUUUGGAUCUUCAUCUGUAAUAAUUUCAAUUUAAAUGAAGGUUUUUUCAUCUUUUUU